AUGUGUCGGCUCCUGGACGUCCUGCUGGCUUUGCUGAGUCGUUUCCUGUUCGUGGUCCACGGGGUGGUGACGGUGUGGCGUGUGGUGGCGGUUAAAGAGGAGCCACUUUAUUGGCUGCUGCUGACAGGCGUAGCCCUGCUGGGCGUGGAAAUGGCCGUCACUCUGAAGUGUACCCAAAACGCAGAGUGGAAAUGGUUCUCCCCCAUGGUUUUCCUCUACCUCAGUACUGUCAUUCCGUCCAUUUGGUUCCUGGAGCUGAGCCUGCUGCAGUCCAAGCUGCCUGUCAACAAUUCCUCAGGCCCCGAGCUCCCUUUGCUGGCUCGCCUCCCGAUCACCGCGGCCAUCGUGGAGCUGGACCCGGAAAACUGGGUGGCCGGCCUCGAGCAGACCAUGCUCAUAGUGUUGGUUCUGGGUCGCUGGCUGAUGCCCAAGGGGGACAUGUCCCGCGACCAGCUCUCCCAGCUGCUCAUGGUCAAUGUGGGACUGGGCGCCGACAUCCUGGACAUCUUUGACACCUUCAAGGAAGCCGAGGUCAAAACCAACCAAACGGUCGUCUACAUGGGCCUGGGCCUUUUUUCAUGGGCGCUGAUGCAGUUUCCUCUGGUGCUGACCCAGACUCAACUCCCAGAGGGGGAGCUUCCACAGAAGAGUGGGAGCUGUGUCACCCGCCGCCCUGCUCCUCCCGUCACCUCUGCCUCCUGCUGCUCCAACGAAGUGUGGAGCUUGCUGCUCACUGUGGGACUCCAGGACGGCCCGUUUCUGAUUUACCGGCUGUACCUGAUGCUCCAAGAGCAGGUGCUCAACCAGCUCAUGAUCUUCUUCACCUGCAAAAACAUCCUCAUAGUCCUCUUGGAGCUAUACAGGAUUUUUGUGGUGCAGUGUGAGCAACGCUCUGAGAUGGAAGGGGCUUUUGAGAUGCAUACCUCCGCAGCGGACAAAAGCAAGAGGCUCUUUCGAGAGCCCACGAGGGCCGAGAAAAUUGUUUAA